CCUGUAUCUGCGCUAUAAUUUUCUCAAACGACUCGCGCGUGCUUGAACGCCGUGUUUCGGGUUUCUCUCCCUUUUCAGGCGAUAUGUUACGGUUUUUCAAUGUGAUUUUGAUGUUGAGUUAUUUGAAUCAGCUGUGAUGCGCAUUUAGUAUGUUACUUGGUUUUAAUUUUCGUUCUGUUUGGUUGCCUGGAAAGGUGGAGAAAGUGAUGGGUGGAGAAAGUGAUGGAAAAUAUAAGUUUGAAUCUCCUUUUUGUGAUUCUGAAUAUAGUAUUGUCCCGGUAGAUUCUGUGGAGUAGAUUAGAUAGUUUUGUUAGGCUCAGUUCGGCGGAGAUUGUUCUAUACGGGAAUUCCAAAUCGUGGAAAAUCUGAUAUGCAGGAUUUUGUUUUAUUUAUUUUUCUUUGCUACCAAACUGAGGAUUGAGAAAUUGAAGGAUUUGAUUGGUUCUGUGAUCUUUUGUAUUUAAUUUCCUCUAUCGGCUUGAAAAAGCACAUGAGUCGAUUGCCCCCAAGACUUGCCGCGGAUGAUAUCCACGCCUGUAAAUCUUUACCCUCAUGUGGCUAGGAUUGACAAUGGUGAUAAGUAUGAUGUGGUUGAUGCAGAUGCAGAUGUGAUGAUCAGAUUUUAAAGGGAAUCAUCCAAUUUUAAUUGCUUGGAAAAAAUUGGGUUUUUUAUGCAUUUCAAGCUGAUGGGUUGAAUCAUUCUAGUGUUAGUUUGGAAUGGCAAUCGCUGGUCUACACAAUCUUUCUGUGCUUGAUUCUUCUUUCCUCAGAGACUCUCAUUCUCAAACAUCAGGGCAGCAAGGUGAUGAAAGGAGUGUCAGUACCCAGGCAUCCUCUCUUUUGCAGAUGUGGAGGGAGCUUGAGGAUGAGCACGGGGUGGGGCGCCAGCAAGAGAGAGUUGUCCCACAGAGGAGUGAUAGGUUGAUUGCUGACCUCUCAAGGGGACAUGGUUCUGAUACCGAUAGUAAUGAACGUAGGGGUGGUUGGGAGCUCACGAGCCUGACUGAGGGUGAGUGUGGAACAUGGUCGCAAAUUCAGAUUGGUGCACAGAAUGAACACAUGGAUUCAAGCAAUUUUAAUUGUGAACAUUCAUCUGAUUUUGGGGAAGUUGAAAGGGAGAGGGUGAGGCAGAUUUUUCGGGAAUGGACGAAUAGUGGUGUGAGGGAACAUGCAUCGAAUGUGUCCCAUAUCAGCAACAGCCCAAGAGUGGAAUGGCUGGGUGAAACUGAGCAGGAGAGAGUGAGAGUCAUAAGGGAGUGGGUACAACUCAAUAGUCGGCAGAGAGGUGCUUUCACUGACAGUAGAGAAGAACAAACUGCUGAUAUCGGUUCUCAGAUGGAACGAAUUCGGGAAGGAUUGGUUGUUAACCAGAGUGAAGGAAGAAAUGAGCAUAUCCGGAGGGGCAUUCGUCGAUUAUGUGGCCGACAGGCUCUGCUUGAUAUGAUAAAGAAGGCUGAGAGGGAAAGGCAAAGUGAACUUCAAGGUUUGUUGCAGCAUCGAGCUGUAUCGCAAUUUGCUCAUCGGAACCGCAUUCAGUCAUUACUUAGAGGCAGGUUUUUGCGAAAUGACCGGUUGGUUGACAAUGACAGACCUGCUUCCCUGGCCGAAAGUGAACUAGGUUUACUGAGGCAAAGACAAACUGUAUCUGAUCUGAGGGAAGGAUUUUGCUCCAGAUUGGACACUUCUGUAUGUGGUCAAGUAAGCAGCAACCACUCCGAUACCUCAACUAACAAUGAAAUUAAUGGCGAUGGAAAUGAUCAACCUCAAGCAAACAAUUCACAGGAUGUUCAAGAUGAACCUAGUGAACGAUCUGAACCUUGUUAUGAGGAGAGUUAUGGUAGGAAUGAUUUUGGAGAUGAUGCUGUUGAAGAUAUUGGAAGGCAAGGAUCCAGUGCUCAUGAAGAAGAGUGCCAGGAACAGCUUUCAGAGAAUGAUAUAUUCAUUCAAAGGACAGAUGGUACCGAUCAAAGUUUGAAUGGAAACUCCCAGGAAAACAUUGCUAGUGAGCGCGUAGAGACAUUGCUGAUUGAGUCAGGAGAACAUAAUAAUGUGCAAGAAGCUGGUGAAGAAAUCAGUGGACAAUCUGAGCAAAUUGUUGAGGAAAGUUAUACCCUUGGGUCGUCAGAUCAUACUGAGAAUUUGGAUAAUAUUUGGCCAGAAUCUGCUGCUCAGAUGGAACAGUGGCCAGAACACAUUACAGAAACCGAGGAAAGAGACUCACAACAGGUUAAUGUUGAAUAUCAUGAGUGGAGGGACGGCAUUAGAGAGGGUGUUGAUGAAAACCAGUUGGGAAUCACUUCUAACCACCAAGAAUUGGGGAAUGAAGAUAUGGAACAGGCUCAACUGCAACAAGCCCUAGAAGAUUGGCAUGAGGAUAAUGGUUUUCAGGAGGCUGUGCAGCAUUGGUUAGAAGGGCCUUCUGGUAGUGAAGCUAUUCCGGAUCGCGGGGUUGAUUCAUUUUACUUUCCUGACGGCGAUAAUGUUUACAGUGUGGAACUAAGAGAACUUCUAAACAGGAGAAGAGUUUCUAAUCUUCUUCACAGUGGGUUCCGGGAGAGUCUUGACCAAUUGAUCCAAUCAUAUCUGGAAAGAAGGGAAAGUAAUGAUGCUAUUGACUGGGAACUGCCUGGAACAUCACCCUCUCAUGUGUCAGAAGAACAAGAUCCAGAGCAUCGAAGUGGUGAUCAGAAUGAUGGUCAGAGGGAUGCUGUUGAGAGUCCUCCACUUGCUCUACCGUCACCAGCGCCACCUUCUCAGCCACUCUACUAUCUGGAGUCGCAGCAUGACAACUGGCCACAUCAUGACUUGCAUCAACGUCCAGGAAUUGAGUGGGAUAUUGUUAAUGAUUUGCGGAUUGACAUGGCUAGGCUACAGCAGAGGAUGAAUAACAUGCAGAGGAUGUUGGAGGCCUGCAUGGAUAUGCAACUUGAGUUGCAACGCUCAAUACGACAAGAAGUAUCUGCUGCCCUGAAUCGUUCUCCUCCCAUUAUAGGAGUUUCUGUGGAUGGUCUUUUUAAAGAUGAACCUCAAUGGGAUUACGUGAGGAAAGGAAUCUGCUGUAUAUGUUGUGAAUGCAAUAUUGAUUCUUUACUGUACAGAUGUGGACACAUGUGCACAUGUUCAAAAUGUGCAAGUGAGUUGGUCCAAAGUACUGGAAAGUGUCCAAUGUGUCGGGCGCCGGUAGUUGAGGUGAUCCGUGCUUACUCUAUUUUAUGAACGGAAGAGUAAUCAAGAAAGAAAACUUGGAUUAACAAAAUAUAGAUUUUCCAUUUCACUUCUUGCUCCUGGACCAGUCCAGGUACCCCCUUUUUUUUUUUUUUUUUCCUCUAAUUUUAAUCUUGUUUUUCUGUACUCUUGGUGGGUUAUUGCCACAUAUACUGAGUGUAUGAUUGAAACAACGCUUGGUGUCUUUGAUUAAUUAUUCUGACCAUAAUGAAAUUGCUUAGCGGAAAACUUCAAAUCUA